AUGGCGGACGAGGAGAAUAAUUGUGAUGAUGGUGAUUUGCGCGUUGGGCAGGCGUUCCGUUUACGGGGCCGCAAGGGUGCGCUCAAAAAGAAGAAUGUUUACCUGAUCAAAGACCACAAGUUCAUGCCGAGGUUCUUCAAGCAGCCCACCUUCUGCUCCCACUGCAAGGACUUUAUAUGGCCCGGCAGGCGUUUCGUUUUGAGAUAA